UUGGAUCAGGCUCAGUCCAGCCUCAAACUCUUAUGAAAGUACUCUGCAAACAGUCACCCAUCCCAUCACAUUUGGAAUUUAGAAAAGGGGAGGUGCUUGUAGAUCUACACUGUCUAUAGACCAUGUUCGAGGAUAUUCUAAAUGGAUCUGUAAUCAUUCUUUCUUUCAUUAUAAAACUUCCUCAGGUAUGGACAACAUACACAAUGAAACGUACGAAAGGUGUCAGCUUAAGAGGAUACUGGAUGGAAUUAUUUGGGUAUGUUAUUAUGGUUUCAUACUGCUUUCAUAAUAAAUAUCCAAUUAAGAAUUACCUUGAUGUUCUUCUUUGUUCCAUUCAAUCUGCCAUCAUUGUUUUUUUAGUAAUAUUAUACAAAGGAGGUAAAGCUUUCAGUCUUGAAAAUAAAGCAUGUAUCACAUGUAUCAUUUUGUUCCUGUUGUCUGCACUGCUACACUUCAUACCAAAUACAGUUUUUUCAAUCCUUCUGCUGAGUCGAAUACCUGUGAUGUCCCUUAGCAAGUGCUUGCACAUUCAAGCACUUUAUUCCAGUAAGACAUCUGCUAAUGUUAGUGCCUUAACAUGGGGUAUUUCUGCUUAUAAUUGCUUUGUUCGUGUGUGGACUUCACUGUAUAAUUUGAAUGAUUAUAUAGUCACUGCCAGUUAUCUGACUAAUGCAGUACUCAAUAGUGUUUUACUCAUUGAAUGUUUAUAUUAUCGCUUUUAUUAGUCUCAUUGUGUACAAGUAUUUUACAUAUUUUUGUCAAUUCAAUUUCAAUAUGAAGCCUAAAAA